UGGUAGGCAGUGAGUACUAACAUAGUUUUUGCCAGCGAUUGCGGAGAAUGGUCGGUCGAGCGUGAAGUCCGGCCGCCUUUUGACCGCUACCUUGAUGCCCUUCGAUGACUCGUAAUGACUACCUGCACGGCAUCAUAGUCUAUUUUCUGCACGUAUAAAUGUACGCGAUGCACUACCCGCACGACCGUCUUUCGCAGUGCAGCGCGACGUGUCCGUUCGUGAAGAGGUCUCCGGAGGAGUGCAGAUUUUUCCAGAUGCACCCUCGUGCUUUCCACGUCCUUGCCCUCGCACUGACUGCGGUCGUAAGGGCCGGCUGUGACGAUAAAACAAAAUGGUACUCUGGGUUACGGUCCAUAAUCAAGAAUUGCCCAUCGCUCUCCCGGAACAGCUCCGACCAGGAUGAAUUAUUGGACAUUUUUCGAAAAUGCGUGCAGCGGAGAGCCAUCGACACCUUAGAUGCCUUCCUCGACAACGACGUUAUUACGAUAUUCGACGGAGUCGAUCUGAUACGACUUCGUCCGAACGACGAAAACAAUACGGAAUAUAAAGAGAAUUCCGACGGAUUGGGAGAGGACACCAGCUGGUCGGCGAUCAUCUGGAAUCGAAUGACACGCCUCCUGCGGACUCACGCUUUCAAAAUUAACGUCGAUCAUAUGUUUAACACAGCUGCUAACACAUCCGCGCGAGAUCCCGACAAUAAUAUCGUUCAAGGUCGCAAACGCCGUUACCGUCGUAAACAUACUAUGUUCCCGCUGAUGAUGAUGGGCCUGCUGUUGAUGGGGACGAUCCUAGUGCCGAUGGGUUUUCAAUUCCUCGCGGUGCUGGGCGGUAAGGCUCUGAUCCUCGCGAAAAUGGCCCUGAUACUCUCCAGCAUACAGGGGCUGAAAAAGAUAGCCACCAGCGGCGUCAAUUACGGAUUGUACCACGUCCAGGACCACGGUUGGCACGACAGGAGUCAUCAGGUGUUUCCCAACGAGGAAGAACAUUAUCCGGUGUACGUGUCUCCGCGUCCUUAGUUCCUCGCCAAGUGGAACGUUUGUGCAAGUCAUUCGAGGAAGUUCCAAUGCGACGCGUACUGUUACUUUCCUCGAUAGUACAGGGGGUAAAAUGAGCUCGGGAUUGUCUCCUGAAAUUGAAUUAUUCGUGGCGAUGCUCUUGAAUUUUUUAAAUAAUCACGUACAGCGAUCCGCUCUAUUUUUCCUCAGAGACGUUUCAGCCAUCGCCGCACACAUUUCGCCGCGGGCGGUUUCAUCGCGCGAAGCGUUUUACAAUCUUCACUUUGUGCCUGUCAUAAAGCAGCGUAUAACUAAAGGGCGUGCUCGAGUUAUCCGCCGACGAAACUUGGAAAACGUCUUCGGUCCCGCGAAACAUUUCCCUCGUCCCAAAUUUUCUUUACGUUAAUCUCAAUCAAACUCGAUUUUCAUAGAUUUAAUAAUUGUUAUAAAUUGUAUUAAAUUGACGGUUACGCGCAAAGGAUUGAUAUUUACAAGUCCGUGUAGAUUUGUAGGUCGCCGGCACCCACAUGUUGAUUUAUCUGCCGCGGUAGAAUUGCAAAUCGGCAAUUGCAUUACUGAUAAACCCAUAAAUAGACUGUAUUAUAUAUUUGCCGUUUGUUUCCAUCCUCGUGACCAUCGUUUAAUCGUAAACAUGAGAGUCCGGUCGCCCGUUCCGUUUUAUUCUGACGUGCGAGUCUCGCGCGGGGAUACAGUCUGUCAUGUAAGAGCGUCGUUUGCGCACAUCCGAGGAGAAAAAGAUUGUUAUUUUCUAGAAAUACACGCGCGCAAACGGCUCUACUCGGAGCGACCUCCGAGUACCGUGUGCGUAAGAAUGUACUUAAGUAGUAAUUCUUUUUCGGAUAUUUAUACGGACGUCGCUGAUAAGUACAAAUAUCACAACGCAUCAAUCAUGGAUAAUAAUAUUAAUAGCUGCUAUCGUUUCGUUCGCGGUCCUUAUAAUUUGCCGCAGUUUGGUGACAGUUGUCGAGAUAAAUUGCGUGGUUAUUUAUUCACGAGUGUCGUCGAGAUAUGUCGCAUUUCGUAUUUAACUUCUAUACGGGGAAGCGUGCUUACACAAUGUCCACCAUUUACAUCUAAAUAGAUGCCGUCAAGCAGAGCGAUUUUGACGUCUAUAGACUAUCCUGGUUCUAUCGUGUAAAAAAAAAACGCCGAGGCCUCUAUAUUGAGAUAUUGACCGAUAUUUGCUUCUGUGUUUGAUUUCUGUAUUUUAGCAUAAGAGGAGGAUACAUCCGUUAAUAAAUGAGCGAUUAUCAGUCGGUAUCCUUGUAUCAAUGCUUAUUUCUGUGAUUGUAUAAAAUAAUAUAAUAUACUACUAGUUAAUUGACCCAGCAGGAUUUAUUUCCGAAUUGUAUCAUGUCGAUUAGUUUCAACAUUUUAUCUAUAAUCGUUGUGUAUUACAUAAGAUUGCAUUUAUCAGCCUCGCUGCGAAGCGGCAAAUAUUCACGCGACACAAUAUUUUCACGGUUCACGAUUAUUUACAGCUACAAUAGUCGCGGCGUAUACUUAUUUAAAAUAUUAGUUUCGACCUUUCCUUAGGUCCUCGUCAGACGAAUGUUGAUCAUACGUUCGAUUAUAACGGUUUUCAUCGCGGACCUCCGUUCAAUUACACUCCUAGCUCGAGCGUAAAAAAAGAAGAAAAAAACGUAAUAAUACGCCUUCCCUUGGUGUUAUCGUUACGGGGAAAAUCAUUUGUAAAGCUUACGGAAGCCGCCUCGAGCCACAUUGGCACGGGCGACGACUCCUCGCGACCGCCAUCGAUCUCGAUUACGGUGAUAUUUGAGAUUGUCGGAUGCGAAAGCCGGACGAGAUCACGUCGGGACGAAAGGUGUAUACAUAUGUAAAAGCAUAUAUUAUAUUUACCUUUACCACAGGUGUAUAUGUACCUAAACCUGUACAUAAAUGGUAAAAUGCGUUAAUCGAGCGAUCGUUUAACGUCCAUCCUGCUGACAGGAUGACGCGCACAUCCUGUAUCCCUGCCGGUUAACGUCGCUCUGUGAUACCCUGACAUACGCGCGCACACACACGCGCACUCACGAUAACCGUGAUACGAGCAUCACCGUAAGCAUUAAUAACGAGGAACAUUUAAAAUGUCAACCCGUUCUCUCUUCAAUGUAAUACUCGUAUAGCCGUUGACGCGGAGCGCUGCGAUAGUGAUUUUCGCAUCUGCAAAAGAAUCUGUCGAUAAUCCUUGUUCCCUUUGACAUUCGCUUGCGAUACUCGCGAAGCUUAUAUAUGAGCGCGGUAUAAUCAAUGAUAUAUUUCAAAUGCGAGUUCGCCGAGGUUUCAAAUAGAAUAAGAGAGAAAAAGUUUCGGCGUGUGCGCACCUUGAAUUAUUAAUUUUUCUCAUUUGUCAUUGCGUCUAAAUUGUAUUGUUAAUCUCCCGUUGCUCCCGUAGCUAAUAAAGAACGAAAGACUCUUCCCCCUGACGGUCUUAGCUUAAAAAAAUUAAGAAAUAAAAUAAAUGUGGAAACAACCUUACUGGCACUUCUUUAUUAUAUUAUAAAUUCACAAGGUUUCGGCCAGUAAUUACAUAAGUACCCGCAAAUGUAAGAUUCGUCAAAGUUAAAGAUGCAAAAAUCAUGUCACACGUCAGAGAUUUUUAUUUCUUAAUUUCUCGAUUGGCGUCAAUUGCUGUUGAAUCGUUAAAAACAAUGGUCGAGGCACCUGUAGCCGUUGAAACUAUCGACGAAUUUGUAGAAAGAGGACAUUCUUCGAGUACAAUACAAUUUUAAAGGCGCGAAUAAUCGAUGCAAAUGUCUUAACGAAAUGUCGGUUAUCUAAAAGUUGUCUUAUGAAAACGUCGUACGUAUGAAAAUAGUGAAAACGC